AAAUUGGCAAUGUCAUAUUCUGCUGAUUCUAUGUGCUCAUAGAUCAUAGAUCAUUUGCACUGUAAACUUGUCUUCGAGAUUUUGAUUGACGUCAUAUUUAGUGUUUUCUAGCCUUCAGGGAAAGCUUUUAAAGAUGACGAUCUAUAACCUGUACAUAUUUGAUCGGUUUGGGACCUGUUUAUUUUACCAAGAAUGGAACAGAUCCAAGCAGUCGGGAAUGUCAAAAGAUGAGGAGUAUAAGCUGAUGUAUGGUCUAAUAUUUUCUAUCAAGUCCUUUAUCAGCAGAAUAUCACCGAUGGAUUUCAAAGAUGGCUUUCUAAACUACUGUACUAACAGCUACAAGCUUCACUUCUUCGAGACGCCGAGCGGGCUCAAGUUCAUUCUCAACUCAAGCCUGAACGUUGGACCUAUGAGAGAAAUCCUCCAACAUUUAUAUAGUGCAAUCUAUGUAGACCUGAUCGUUAGGAAUCCAUUAUGCCCACUCAACAAACCCAUUGAGAGCAUGCUAUUCAAGACCAAGCUGGAUGCGUAUAUACGAGGCUUGCCCGCGUUCACUGCGGACAUUGAAUGAACUCUGACCGCUGAAGGAGGUCAGUCGCCUUGUGAACUGUUAUCUGAAGAGCGUUUCAUCAACAUUUGUCGUCUGAAAGACAAGUUGUUAGAUCUGAAAACUCUCCUUGAUUUUGACUGGUUGACUGAGAAGCACUGCUACUAUGGUAAUUGUAGGAUGAAACAAGACUUGUCACGAAAAAACUUCCGACAAGUUCUUUCCUGAAACCCUUUUUAAGAUGUAGACUCAACAUUCCAAAUGUACAUCGUACCAGGGCGAUCUAUCAUGAAGACUGCUGAAGAGGUUGUCAGGAUUGUGGCUCAGACUAAGAUUAAUUUUUCGUUUCUUUCUAAAUCAAGAAAUUACUUGUGCUUGUAUUUGAACGACCUCAUUUCAUAGCUUCCUUUAAAUAUGAAGAAAUAAAAGUGCAAUGUUUUUUUUUUACAAUAGGCAGGUUUAUAGCUCACUGCAUACCUAACAAUGAAUCUGCAAGCUAAUUAGGGAAUAUAAUUUAUUAUACUUGUUGCAAUCCAGAUUGGAGAAGACCAACAUGAAAUUCUUGUUACAUAUUUUUAAAGCAUUUUUAUAUUGUAAUAAUCAUAAAUACAUUUACAUGUACAUGUAUUGUGCUAUUGUGGUUAGAAAUCUUCUCUCCCACCUUACUAAAGACAGUUCAGGGGCAAGUUCCAGAAAGGGUUGCAUUAAUAUGCAAUUCAAAAAAUCAAGCGCAGGUCCUCAAUAUGCAUGUUUCAUUGGUUGAAAUCAAGUUGCGAUUUAUUUCUUUUUAGUUGGGUUUGGCCGCGUCUCUUUCUGCAACAGGCCUCAGGUAACACAAAGGUUUGCAAUUAAUCGUAAUGCUUGAUUUUCAAGAUUAAUUGUACAUUGUAGUAAAUGGAAUCAAUCGUAGAAAAAUGUUCUACAUCAUUGCUAAGCUUUGUGUUACGGGCCCCAAAAGUGAUUUUGCCCAAUUUAUUUUGUUGUUUUGUUCUUAUUAUUGGUAUGAUUUACACAUAAAUAUUUUCAUAUUUGAUAUCACUUAUCAGAUUGUAGAGUACAGCUCAAAACUGAAAAUAUAUUCAAGUUGUUCCAUCAUAUAUAUAGAUGUAAAUAAUAAAGAUAAUGUGUAUGAUAUA